GUACAAGCAGGUCUUCAACACCAGCGAUCUUCGCUUCUGACCCUGCAACCUGCCCCAUUAUCCCUGGCUGUGAGACCACAAUUGAGAUUUCCAAAGGGCGAACCGGGCUGGGCCUCAGCAUUGUGGGAGGGUCCGACACGCUGCUGGGCGCCAUUAUUAUCCAUGAAGUUUAUGAAGAAGGAGCAGCAUGUAAAGAUGGGAGACUCUGGGCUGGAGAUCAGAUCUUAGAGGUGAAUGGAAUUGACCUGAGAAAGGCCACCCAUGAUGAAGCAAUCAACGUCCUGAGACAGACACCCCAGAGAGUGCCCCUGACACUCUACAGAGACGAGGCUCCCUACAAAGAGGACGACAUGUGUGAGGCCCUCACUGUGCAGCUGCAGAAGAAGCCAGGAAAAGGCCUCGGACUGAGCAUUGUUGGUAAAAGAAACGAUACUGGCGUGUUCGUGUCAGAUAUCGUUAAGGGCGGAAUUGCAGAUGCUGAUGGAAGGCUGAUGCAGGGAGACCAGAUAUUAAUGGUGAACGGAGAAGAUGUGCGUAAUGCCACGCAGGAAGCUGUUGCUGCUUUGCUAAAGGUAAAAAUCAAAUCCCAAAAUAACUUCUGUGUAACAGUACGGAAGAAGAAAGAGAAUUUAACAUGGAGCCACCAGCGCUACACUAGUGACUGGACUUUACCUACGGAGUAGUCUCAAGUAAAACAUAUUACCAUAUUUCAA